CAGUCUGUUUUGGAUCAUAAUUGGACUAUACAGACAGCCGAACUGAGGAACAGCAUUAGGCCACACUCGGAUCACUCAGAGGGGUGGCAACUGAACAAGAUGAUGACUUCAUACACGUGGAUUUUACUUCUUCUGGCAAGCCUUGUGGCAACAAGAGCGCAAGAUUUUGACCUCGCUGAUGCUUUUGAUGAUGACAAGCCCCCUGCGAAGCCAACAGUGAAACCAGCCCCACCGAAAAACCCAGAUUCAGGAUUUGAUCUUUCAGAUGCCUUCGAUUUGGACCCUAAAAAACCUGCAGUGGUUCCCCCCAAAUCAGAAGAUGAUAAAAAGAAACCAUCUGGAGGUGACUUCGAUCUGUCGGAUGCACUUGGUUCAGAUACUGAGCCCAAAAAGCCUGUGGUCCCACCCAAAGAGAGAGGAACUGGUGGUGGAACUUUUGAUGACAAAGACCUCUUUGAUGUGAAUGAAGGGGGUGAAUACAAGCCCGAUGGAGGCCGAAGUGGAGGGCGAGCAGAUGUUCCUAAAUCUAAUGAAAAUGGUGGAGCCUCUGAUCAACCUCAAGGCGGAGCCAUGGCUGCCAUCAUCAGUUCUGUGGGUGUUGCUCUCCUCGGUGCCGCCUCAAGUUACUUUGCUUACCAGAAAAAGAAACUGUGUUUCAAAGUACAAGGAGGGGAGGAUCCAGAGAGUGGCAAAAACCGUGGUACUCAGUCUGAUCCUCAAGUUUUCAGCAACCUGCUCCGUUCAUCGUAACUGCGUUGGAUCUGCACACUGAAAGUAUAUAUGCACACUGAGCAUGUACAGCUAUGGAGAGCCUAACCCUAUGGGAAACAUCUGUUACAUGAAAGGCUGGUUUAAAACUAAUGUUUUAAGAA